ACACUAUAGUAGAAUGGCGGUCUUCGUUUUGGAGGGAAGUGAAACUCUACUCGGGGCUUUCUUGGGGAAAUGCCUGCGGAAAACGCAAAUUUUUAUGUAGAAACUUAUCAUAUAGUUAUCUCUGAAUGCAUUGUGAUGGUUUGGCUCUUCCUACAUACUCGAAUUUAGCCACGAAGGCGGCAUUAGUUCAGGGCCAAGAAAGUCAACACGAUCUGAAGGACAUUUUACAUGAAUUGUUCCGGUAACGGCAAUUGCUUUCUUCAUGGCAGCACAUAAUAACGUGGGCAUGAAGGCAGACCCAGAACUACUCUUUUCAAAACUUGAAAGAAUUGGCAAAGGCUCGUUCGGUGAAGUGUAUAAAGGCAUAGACAAUAGGACAAAUGCAGUUGUUGCCAUAAAAAUUAUUGAUUUAGAAGAAGCAGAAGAUGAAAUUGAAGACAUCCAACAAGAAAUUACAGUACUGUCUCAGUGUGACAGUGCAUUUGUCACAAAAUACCAUGGUUCAUAUCUUAAGGGAACAAAGCUAUGGAUUAUUAUGGAAUAUCUUGGAGGAGGAUCAGCUUUAGAUUUGAUGAAAGCUGGCACAUUUGAAGAAUUUUACAUUGCAACUAUCAUUCGUGAGGUUCUAAAGGGCCUUGAUUAUCUCCAUUGUGAAAAGAAGUUGCAUAGAGAUAUUAAAGCGGCUAAUGUGCUGAUGUCAGAAAAUGGUGAUGUUAAGUUAGCUGACUUUGGUGUGGCUGGACAGCUCACAGACACAUUAAACAAAAGAAAUACUUUUGUUGGAACACCAUUCUGGAUGGCUCCAGAGGUGAUCAAACAAUCUGCUUAUGACUCAAAGGCUGACAUCUGGUCUUUGGGAAUUACUGCAAUUGAACUUGCGAAAGGAGAACCUCCUAAUUCAGAUCUUCAUCCCAUGAGAGUUUUAUUUUUAAUACCAAAGAAUAACCCUCCAGAACUGACUGGAAACUUCAGCAAAGCAUUUAAGGAGUUUGUUGCUAUGUGUCUUAAUAAAGAUCCCAGUGAUAGACCUACAGCAAAAGAGCUUUUAAAGCACAGAUGGAUUCGAACUGCAAAGAAAAAUUCAUACCUAGUGGAAUUAAUAGAAAGGUAUAAAAACUGGAAACAGAAAUGUAGAGAUGAUGAUGAUAGCAGCUCAGGAGAGGAAAAUGAAGAAGAUGGAAACAGUUCUGGGGGAACCUCUAGGUGGAUUUUCCCUCCUGAGAAAAAUCCUUUUGUUGGAGGAGAAGGUGAAUCAUCACUCAGUCAUGAAAAUGACCCCACAGCAGCACAGUUGAAUAACACAAAUACUUCUGAAGUACCAAAAGACAAAAGUAAAGGAGAAAAACCUCCAUCAAAAUAUUUAUCAACCGUUUUGUUACCAACACUGACCAAGCUAAAUAAAAGUCAAGGUGGCCAGGGACGAUCUGUAGAGCAUCUUAUGGAUGCAUUUAAAUCAAUAGAGACGACCUGUCCAGGCUUUAGUGACAACUUUGUAGAAAAGAUUGUAGAGAAUGUAAAACGGUCUAAAAGGUGAUAACAAGAUCAAGAACAAGAACGCAAGGGACCACUUUGAACAAGUCGCGCGAUCACUUCAUCAGCUUUAACUUAUUCCUUGUUAAAAGAAAACAUAACUUUUAUCACAGAACGUUUUAGAAAGAGAAAUUGUACAGUCUAGCGUAUCGCUUUUUUUUUUUUUCAUAAAGUCGAAUGAAAGUAAUAAACCAAUCCUAAAUAGAGUUUAACACGUUUUGUAAAAAGUUAAUCAGUAAUCAAGAAUGCAAAGAAAUUCUAGAUCACAGUAUUUUAGGUGUUCUUUGCUUAGAUUUCAGCUUUGGAAAAAACAAAAACAUUUCUUAGCUUUGUUUUGUGUAUUCUGUCGCCAUUGCGCCAUUUAAUUGUUUCUUUGUUUGCUCAUGAAAGAGCACUGAAGAUAUGUGCAGCCUCUCACUAUCAUCAGUCCAGGGUUUGAAAUCUUUGUAAACUUUUUCUUUAAAGCAUUUCUAUUUUGUUCGUAUAUCAUUCAGACACCAUUACAACAGUUUUGGUACAACAUGUAAGAUGUACUUUGUAAUGCUUGCGUCACGUAACAGCUCAAGACCCUUGCUGUCUGUUAUUACCCAAACGAAACAUGAUCACCGAAAUAGCUUGUUUUCUCCUGGGUUUGUACCCCUCCAAUGUGAGAUUAAAAAUUAGAGUUGCGAAGGACUGCAAGAGAUCAGAAGACGGGAAAAUAGUAAAGAUAAUGAGGGUUAAUAUUUGCUAAAUACUGGUAGUGUUUGCAACACUUCUGUUUAAAAUUCUUGAUCGUCAGUAAUAAAAACUUCUUGAUGUCUCCACGA